ACAACUGCAUGGCUUUCAGAUUGCUGCUACUUUGCGCAUUUGAUAGUUUUCUUUUAUAAUGUUCAGCACAACUAUGAUCCAACGUCCAACAUCAUCUUCGAGGUCAAGAGAGCAGAAACAUCUCCGCCCUCCCCCUGAAACACAAUCUCACCGCACCGUCCACCCACCUCUGGGAGCCGGACUUCAAUUUCAUGGCUGAGUGGCGCUUUUCUGGAGCAACAAAAGGUGAAUCCGGCUGGUUGAGAUGGAAACGAAAGCCGGCAGGGAGACUUAGUUGGCGUGAGACGUCCGGAGAUCCACACACACACACACACACACACAAAGCAAGGCAUUGGCUACAUGAAUAGACACACACGCACAGAUGGUGAUGAGGUUGACGGUGAACUCCUCCUGAAAUUUAAAGUUUGCCUGGUUGCUUCCAGCUCAUAGUUAGCUGACCAGAUGCAUGAAGGGUGACCGCUAUCGGUGCACAUCAUGUCAGCAGUGACCAGUCAGCCUCCUCCUUUUGGUCCACUUGAGCGAGAGAAGCACAUCCAGGGCGUCUUCAGGGCUUUCAAGAACCGAUGCAGGCCGUCCUGCGAGUGCCAGACUCAAGAGGAAGAUGCCAAGUCCCACCAAGUGGCUCCUGACUUGGAAUCUGAAAAACACAGUUCCAAUCUCAGGCCUCAUGGGGGUGGGAUACAGGACGUGUGCAUGCAGCCACCAGCGCCGAAGACACCCGAGGAGGUGGAGCAGGACCUUGACGAUGAAGCAGGACUGCAGUUUUUGUCGGCGUUAGAUACAGUCAGGCGGAUACAUGUCACUGCGAGACCCGACCUACGGGGUCCACAGUGUGUUUCCAGAAAGAUUUACAGCAUCACCACCGGAAGCAGCAAGUCACAGAUGUUUGUGGCUGUGGAGGAGAGCUCUUGUAUGUGCCUCCAUUUCUGUGGCCCGGCUCGGGCCUGCUCCCUGCAGGGGUUCGACUAUCAGGGGCAGCAGGUCUUUUACUUUGAAAGGCCCCUCAGGGUGGACGCCUGCUGCUUGGGCUGCUGCCUGAUGGAGAUGAGGGCUUAUUCAUCUACGAAGCAUCUCAUUGGCACCGUAUGUCAGAGGUGGAGCAUGUUCACCCCUCUCCUGGAGGUCUGCGACCCGCAAGGAGCCUCCAGGAUCCAAAUUCAGGGCCCCUGCUGCCCCUUCCGCUGCUUCGCCAACCAACAGUUUCAGAUUGUUUCCAACAUUGGAGAGCAAAUGGGUACAAUAUGGAAGAAGUGGCCCGGCUUCAGCAAUGAACGUAACACGGAUCAUGAAUAUUUUGGCUUGGAGGUGCCGCAGAGCUUGGAGCCACAUACUAAACUCCUGCUUCUGGCAGCUACUUUCUUACUGGCAAGUAUGAAACUUAGUGUAGCUGCUUGGACUCCAUAACUUCUCUUCAUAGCUUCAGAGAUCAUCCUGUCAUAUUUUUCUAUAAGUAUGCAAUACUUGUGAUCAUGUGCCAGCUAAGAUCGUGAAACUCAAGAUGGUAGAUUUGAUCAAAUCCAGGGCAUGUCUUGGUUACUGAGGGUUUUGAAAACUUCUUUUUAAAACCGAUGAUCAAUUUACCAGUUUACUCUAGAUUUUUGUUCAACUAUGUAUUAAAACAAAUGUUGACAUUUCUGUAAUAUAUUUUGCAACAGCAGGAAUAAUAGCAAGUACGUUCUCUAAACUGUUGCUGUC